AAAGGAGAACAAACGCUAUCAAGAAGUAGAACUCUGAAAAACAAGACGAAGACAAAGAAGAAGAAGAAGAAGAAGAAGAAGAAGAAGAAGAAGAAGAAGAAGAAGAAGAAGAAGAAGAAGAGCGAUGAACGAUCGAGACUUUCAACUCACCUGAAAGGAAAGGACAUGGAAGCUUGUUUUAUUUCUUUUUUAAUUAAUGACUAAUUUCAGAAGAGGUAACAGAAACACGAGGAGGACGAAGAACAUUUCAACCUCAGAUAACCAAUUUUCCUCACAUCCACUUGGAGACUUUGACAAGACGGCGUUCGGAUAAUAUAUUUUAUUUAAUAUUAUAUUAUAUUCUAAAGUGACAAAUAUUACAUCAUUUUAAAAAAUAUAAAUAUAUAUAAAAAAAAAUGAUUACAUUGGAGACUAAGUCGGUAUUUUGUGCGCUCGUGAUGCUGCUGUUAACCUGCACAGAAGCCAAGGACCUGAACAUCACGGUUGCACGGUAUGCGCGCGCGCCGCCGCCCAUGUGCACCGGACCCACAGAGAUUCGGGACGCGUUCAAGUACAUAAACGCAGCCGUGUCGUGUGUCGUGUUCGUAGCUGGGCUCGUGGGCAACUCGGCACUACUGCGUAUCAUCUACGCAAAUGAGCGCAUGCGCAACGGGCCUAACCUGCUCAUCGCGAGCCUGGCGCUUGGUGACCUCGUGCACAUCGUAAUCGGCAUCCCCGUUAACGUGUACAAGCUUCUGGCUGAAGACUGGCCUUUUGGUGUUGGAGUCUGCAAACUGGUUCCUUUUGUGCAGAAGGCUUCUGUUGGCAUCACAGUCUUGAGUUUGUGUGCAUUAAGCAUAGACAGAUACCGUGCGGUAGCAUCUUGGAGCCGUAUCAAAGGAAUCGGAGUGCCCAGGUGCACAACCAUUGAGAUCAUACUGAUAUGGUUGUUGUCCAUCAUUCUAGCAGUGCCUGAGAUCAUUGCCUUUGACAUGAUCACUAUGGAUUAUAAAGGAGAUCACUUGAGGAUCUGCCUGCUGCAUCCACUACAAAAGAGCCAGUUCAUGAAGUUUUAUAAGUUAGCAAAAGACUGGUGGCUCUUCAGCUUUUACUUCUGCAUGCCACUGGCCUGCACCGCCAUCUUCUACUCCCUCAUGACCUGUGAAAUGCUGCGAAGGAAGGACAGCGUGCAGAUUGCUCUGAACGACCACUUGAAACACAGACGUGAGGUGGCCAAGACCGUGUUCUGCUUGGUGUUGGUCUUUGCUCUGUGCUGGUUGCCUCUGCACAUGAGCCGCAUUCUCAAGCUCACCCUUUAUAAUGAGGACGAUCCAAACCGCUGUGAGCUUCUGAGCUUCUUCCUGGUCCUUGAUUACAUUGGGAUCAACAUGGCUUCAGUGAACUCAUGCAUCAACCCUAUAGCUUUAUAUAUGGUCAGCAAACGGUUUAAAAGCUGUUUCAAGUCUUGCUUGUGUUGUUGGUGUUUGCCUCCUGAGGUGCUAGCAGUGGAUGAACAGCCGUCCUGCAUGAAGCUCAAAUCGGCAGAUCGCGGGUCAGAACAGAGCAGCAGCCGAGCCACAAACAAGUACACUUCGGUUUAAGUGCUGAACCGACGGCAAUUCUGUACAUGCAAAGAAUAUUAUUUGUAAUUCACACUUGAUGACUUUCAAUCGCUGCUUAGAAGCGUACGUCGUCGUGCCACUGACAGCACGUGGAAUGAUUUCGUCUUGUCUAAUGGUCAAAGCACAUUUAUAGAGCUGAGAACAGCAUUUAAAAUAUUAACUAUUUGCAUAUAAAAAUGACAAAAUAAAAUCUAAUUCAUAUGGAGUAAAUCAAAUGAAACACACCAUGUUGUUACAAUCACCAUGAUGCUGACUUGCUCUCAUGAUCCGCCAAAGCGUUCAUAUACUACAGCUUCUGUCACUGUUUUCUUGAAAGAUGGCUUGAAAAUCCCAGAUGAGGAUGGAAUGAUCUUUAGUAUUGUCAUCUGAACAAAUCAUAACAACACUGAACCCACACAGGAUUCAGUGACUGUGCUGUUAUGAAUAUGAAUAUGAUGAUGUCACAAAUUAGUAGUAUUUGUAGGUAAAGUGAUAGAACAUCAUAGGGUGUGCCGUUCUAGAAAAAUAAUCAACGACAGGCUUGAAGUGGAGCCAAUGUAAAAUUGAUUAUUUCCCAAUAACACCACAUCAUGAAGUGGAUUAUUUCUAUUAUACCACAGCAAACUUGCCAACCAUUACACAGCCCUUCCAGGAUUUCGCGAUUUUUUAUAAUUUUUUUAAUUAAUUCAUUUUAUUUCAAACGCUUCAUUUGUUUUAUUCAUUCGUAGUGAAAUAUUAUGUACAUUUUAUGGAAUGUUGAUGAAAAACCUUUGUAUCUAUAAGACCUUAUAACAGUAUAUAAGGUAAAGAAUAUCUUAUAUAAGGUAAAGAAUGUUACAUCCAAACCACAAAUCUUUCUGUUGUGAGGUCUUUACGGCUUUACUGUUUCUGUCUGUUACAAAGCGCUGACACUGAAAAAAAAAGUAAAAAAAAGAAAAGAUCUGGGUGUCCAUUAUAGUUCUAGUGUAAGUUGUAACUUUACAAAUGAUAGCAUACUAGUUGUU